AUGACUAAAAAUGACAUGUUUACAUAUUUAUUGGGGGUAGAUGGAGAUAUAAAAUUUUACAGAAUGGGACAACUAGCAGCCGAAAAACACACAAAAUACAUCUUACAAAUCGAAAAGAAAAAAGACGACAUCGAAUCCGCCCUAACAGAACACCUCCGAAUCAACGGGGCCUACUGGGGUCUAACCACCUUGGACAUCCUAGGAAACCUCAAAGCCGUCGAACAAGAAGCCGUCAUUUCAUGGGUCAUGAGUUGCCAACACGAAUCCGGCGGCUUCGGCGGCAACAUAGGACACGACCCCCACCUCCUCUACACCCUCAGCGCAAUCCAAAUCCUCUCUCUCUUCAACAAAACACAAAUCCUUAACAUCCCCAAAGUCUCAACCUACAUAUCCACCUUACAAAACAAAGACGGCUCGUUUUCAGGCGACAAAUGGGGAGAAAUCGAUACGCGAUUCUCUUACCUCGCGAUCUGUUCGCUUUCACUUUUGAAAAGUUUGGACAAAAUAAACGUGGAAAAGGCCGUGGAAUAUAUAAUAUCUUGUAAGAAUCUAGACGGGGGGUUCGGGUGUACACCUGGCGCUGAGUCACACUCGGGGCAAAUUUUUUGUUGUGUAGGCGCGCUUGCGAUCACGGGGUGUUUGCAUUAUGUGGAUAAGGAUUUGUUGGGGUGGUGGUUGUGUGAGAGGCAAGUGAAAUCCGGGGGGUUGAAUGGAAGGCCGGAGAAGCUUCCGGAUGUUUGUUAUUCGUGGUGGGUGCUUUCGAGUUUGAUUAUGAUUGAUAGAGUUGAUUGGAUUGAUAAAGAGAAGUUAGUUAAGUUUAUUUUGGAGUGUCAGGAUUUUGAGAAUGGUGGGAUUUCGGAUAGGCCGGAUGAUGCAGUUGAUGUUUUUCAUACGUAUUUUGGUGUUGCGGGGCUUUCGCUUCUUGAAUACCCGGGGUUGAAAGCGAUUGAUCCCGCGUAUGCUUUGCCUGUUGAUGUUAUAAAUAGGCUUUUUCUCAAGUGAUGGGUUGUAUUAUUUUUAAUUGGUGAUUUGAUGAUUAAUAAUUGUGAGCUAGUUUUGUUUUUGUACUUAGAAACAAAAGGGUGUUUUUGUUGUUUGACAAACUAUUGAAUGAUGCAUGUAGUUUUCUU